UCCUCCCUCACUCCUCCCCCCGCUGUAAUAUUUAUGGCAAAACGGAGGCAAAUUAUUCUGGUCACGUUUUUGGCUGACAGUCGGCUGUCCCGGAGAGCGCUCAAGUGAAUCAGGGUCCAGAGCCGGAGACAUAGCGCAGCGCAGCGCACCGACACCUGCAGUAGGGAUGUAUAGCGGGGAUUCCCACUCUGCAAACUGAAUCAACCACUGAUCCAACAAUAGUCCUUAGUGCUGUCGGGGCAGAAAAGGAGAGACUGAGCAUGGCCUGGGGUGGCGGCCACUGUUGCUAUGUGUGAAGGAGUGCCAAGACGUCAAUGGAGACCGAAGGCUAUCGUGACCUCCUGGAGACCAGUGACGGCCAGGGGGUAGGCCUGCUGGAUGGCGGUGGCGAGGUGGGUGUGGAGGAGGGCUGGAGCUCACCCUACCCUCUGGGCUUCCAGGUGUCAUUGACUACUGUGCUGAUGCUGGAGCUGGUGCUGGGCUUCAGCAGCAACCUGACUGUGCUUGUGCUCUACUGCGCUCAAUCCAACCUGGUGGAUUCAGUCAGCAACCUGGUCACGGUCAACCUCCAUGUGCUGGACAUACUGGUCUGUUUGCUGUGUCUGCCGCUCACUGUGGCUGUGAUCCUGCUGCCUGCUAGCGAAAGUGGAGUCGGCAGCCUGGCCACGCUGUGCUGCUUUCAUGAGGCCUGUGUCACAUUCACCAGCGUGGCGACAGCAGUCAAUGUGUUGGUGAUCAGUCUGGACCGAUAUGACAUCUCAGUGCGUCCGGCGAGUCGUCUGCUGACCCCCAGGCGUGCUGCGCUGCUCCUGGCAGCAGUUUGGGCUGUGUCUCUGGCUGUCUUCUUCUUGCCCUUCCUUGAGGGGGACUUCUUCUCUUCAAUGGUGGAGGAUGGUGAAGAUGAGGAGCUGGAAAGGCAGAAUAAGGAGCCUGAAUUCACCACUGGACUGACUCCCAUUUUUUCCUCCCCCUCUCCCUCCGUAUUACCCUCCACUCACCCAUCCUCCGCUUCCCACCACCUCUCACCAGUAUGGCAGAACAGGACACUGCUGUGUGUCGGAGGGCAGGGGUAUUACACAGGCCUGGCAAUGUAUUACCACUUAUUACUCCAAGUGCCCUGCUUUUUCAUCGCUGUAGUCGUCAUGUUGUUCACCUACUCCAGGAUCCUACAGGCCCUCAACAUCCGCAUUGGCUCCCACAUGAUGAGGGGUUCACGUACAAAGGACUCCACCUGCAGAAUACGUUGCAGGAGGCAGAAGAAGAAGGACCUGAGCCUGCCCACAGAGGUAGUGUCCUCCAACCAGAACCAGAACCUUAGCCAUCCUCCUCUCAUCCCCUCUCCCACGCCUACACCAACAUCACCCCCACCACUCUCCUCCAUGCCCCAAGGGAUGUCUGACAGCGGAGCAACAGUCACCACAGUUAGCACUGCUGCCACCACCCCCAUUGCAACCACACCAGCUACCCCUGCUUCUCCAACCCCAGCUUCGGCUUCAGCCUCAACAAUGCAGACCCACGCCACCUCACCACUGCCUGCCUCCUCCAUGGGAGUCCAGGCCUCAGUUUCGGCCAUCAUUGCUUUGAGGCGUGCAGUACGCAGACACAGGGACCGCCGGGAACGCCAACGUCGCGUCCUAAAAAUGUCCCUAAUCAUCAUAUCCACCUUCUUGGGAUGCUGGGCCCCUUUGUCCAUGGUCAACGUUUUGAUCCUGUGUCUGGGUCCAAGCGACAGCCUGGUGCGGCUUCGCCUUUGCUUCCUAGCAAUGGCUUAUGGAACCACUAUCUUUCAUCCUCUGCUCUAUGCUUUCACCAGGCAGAAGCUUCGCCGCGCCCUCAAAACACGGGUCAAGAAGAGGGUGGUAUCCCUUCUGCAGGUGGACCCAGCUGUCAGCGGGGGGACUGUUAUUCAUAACUCCUGGGUGGAGGGGGGAGGCCAGAGGAAGAGUCGUAAACCACGGGUGGAGGCCAGUGACGGCACUGAUCGAUGCCUCACUGAGGCAGUGAAGGAAUGAAGCUUAAGCAUGCACACGUGUUUGCGUGUAUGUGUGUGUGUGUGUGUGUGUGAAUGUAAAGAAUUAUAUGUCUCCAAUUUGCUGGAGAUGGAUCUGGUGUCUAUUCAUGCACGGGUGAGAGAAAAAUAAGAGCCAGUUUGUUUACAAAGGUCAGGACAAAACUCCUUCUUACAUGCAGAUGUGGAGACAGGUGAGUCCUGAGCUCCAAUUAGAGGCAGCUUUCUGCUGUUCUUACAGAGACCCUCAUUAGUCCACUUCCUGACUGACAAGUUGGCCAUCAUUUCUCCAUGGCAACGUUAGCCAAGAAUUACGAAAACACCAUAACCAUGGCUACUGAAAAUUAUAUUAUGUACUUCACAUAUAGGGUAAAGGUUAGAUCACAGAAAACACAUACAUUAUUGCUCCUGCACUUUCAACUUGCAUUUGCAUGAAUACAUGCACAGACACACACACACACAUAUACACACGGAUCUAUAUUCAGUCAUUAUCUGUGAAAGCACACCUAUAUCUACCUGCACAGAUAUUGUCAGAGAGGAAAAUAUUGAUUCAAAUAUGUAUUUCUCAUUCGUUCCCUUAUUUUUUCAUGCCUUAAUUGAGUUAUUAAGAUAUUCACACAGUGCUGAAUGUCCUGCUGUAUGUUUACAACAAUGCAUCAGAGUAAAAGUGUUGGCACAUAUUGUAUUAGGCAAAUUAAGGGCAGGUAAAUGCAGGCAUUCAGAAAUAAGUUUACAGACUCACACAAACAAAAUCAGAAAACUGCAAAAAACUGACUCAAAGAAAAUGUUCCUAUCAGCAGCAUAUUUUAGAAGAAUGUGUGCCAGUUAAACCUAAAAGGCAUGUUUUUCUUUUUAAAUGAAGAAUUAACUAAUGGUCAUGAUGGCUUAGUCGAGGAUAUUUGGGUGAUUGUGUUUGUAUGUUUACACGUGUGAUUGUGUGCUUGUGUGUUUGCGGUAGGGUGGGGGUGCAUAAAUAAACAAACAAGAGCGUAUACGUGUGUGUCCAUGAUUAUGUGCAAUAAAUCGUGAGCAAAGCAAUGACCCUGAGGAUGUGAACUAAGAGAAUGUGAACACAGAAUUGUUGGUUUUCUUGUGAUGCUUUAGAUUACAGAGGAGAGGAAGAAGAGAGGGAGGGUAAAUCCUCUGAUUAACAGCAGAGGGCCACAGGGCAUAACGGGAAAACAAAUUAUGUGGAGCUACUGUAACUAUGUGUAUAUGACGGGCCACUGUAAUAUUACUGAAAUUGUAUCACUUCAGCUUUUAAGUGGGAAUCAAAGGGCAAUAUUUUGUGAAAAUCAUCUUUAAACCUUCUCACUGUAGUCACUGAAGGUGAAUCCAAUCAUGGUGAAACAACCACGGAGAGGGGACGUCCCCUUGUGUCAACCGCUUGUUCUUAAGGAGGGCCGAGUCCUGGACAUGUUACACUACAUCUGUAUCUGUCUCUCUCCUCAGGGCUUCAUGUCUCAUUUCCAGACAUGAUGGACAUGAAACACUAAACCAGUCCUCAAAAAGCUGUUGCGUUAUGGUUGUUACAGUAGGUAGAAGAUUUAUGUCCGUUCGUAGAUAGAGAACACAUUCAACUUUGUACGGGCUUGGAAAGCUCCUAUGGGGCUUUUGGGUUAUCUCCUCCCUCAUCCUCACCUCUUUUACACUAUGAGCUGGGCUGAAGACAGUAGUUAUUGUGUAUUCAUGUACAGUUUUCAGGGAUGUAAAUAUUGAAGUGACUGUUUUGCGUUUUAGAAUUUAAAUUAAAAUUUUCUUUGAUCACAAUCAUCUGCCGGACAGAAAAUCAGUCGUUGUGAUAAACUCUCGAGUGAGAUGGAAAGUUACUGUAAAGAAAAGAUUCAUGUAAGUGUAUUUGUGUUAAUACUGUAUGUGUGUACACUGUACUGUACAUUUAUGACCAUGUGUAUAGAGACAUAUUAGUAUUGUAUAAGAUUUAUAAUACGUGUUAUUGUAUA